UUGGACAACACUAUAUAAAGUGAUCAUAGGUUUACCUGGGUCAAUUAAAACCUCUAGGCGUGCCCUAUUUACUAUUCUGCCCACUUCCGAUAUAAAUUGAAUUCUAGUGAUGGAUUUCAUGAUUCUUUUCCUUGAUACGGUUCGCAUCUGUCAGUUCGCCAGGAAGAAUCGGGAAGCAAUUCCUUAUGUGGUUCUUGUCUUCUGUUUAUAACAUCCGAGAACGCGAGUCAUUCAAUGUGCGUCAUUUUGAUGACUGGUUUCGCUCUCGGGAGGCGGUAAUUUCCAGCGAUGAACCAACCAUAUUAAAUGGUCCAGCGGUGAAAAACCCAGUGAACAGACCCUACAAGACUGCAUUGAUGUUGAAAGCAGCGUACCUAAUCAUCGUGUCCGUGCUUACGGCCGGCGUCCAGGCACUGCACCCUGCGGGGGUUUUAACGGUGGACUUCGGGCAGGACGCAGAGCUCAACUGGCUGCUGCCGGGGUCUGAUGCCGUCGCACAGGUCAACGUGCAGAAGAGACUGAAGACCAACAACGCUUCUCCUGAGUACAUAGGGAGCUACAGCAAGCGGCAUGGACUGGUGAUAUCUGACUUGUUCCAGGGCAGAGUCGAGUGGGGUCUUCCGUCCACCUCCGCCCCGGCCAUCACCAUAAAGAACGUGACAUGGAGCGACGAGGCGUGUUACAUAUGUACCUUUAAUGUCUACACUACUGGCUCCCAAAUCCAGAAAACCUGUCUCAGUGUUCAAGGUAUUUCAAACAUAACGAUGGAUGUGAAACAAACCAAGCCCAGAGAACUGGUGGUCAGCUGUGCCGCUACGGGGAAACCAGCGCCAAACAUCAGCUGGGACACCGCCGGGAUCGGUAACGCCACAGAAACCCCCAGUCUCCGGGUAGAGAACACUGACAACACGGUCACCGUCAGCAGUGAGCUUACCCUGGUGCUGCCCGCCUCGGCGGACUCGGUGGGCUGUCUGGUCGACGGUGGCUCCAGCGGGCCGAGGCGGGAGCAGAUCUUACUCCCCCUUUUAAACAGAGGAGGAGACAAGGAGGUGGAGAAUGGAAGUCAAAGAUCUGCUGGCACGAUACCUGGCAUCAUAUUAUCUUUAUGCAGCAUGAUUGCUAUCGCCAUUGUGGCUCUAAUGGUCUGGAAAGGAAAGAAGAGGAUACCUUUCAAACAACAGAUUAUGUCUUCAUCUAUGUUAAACUUGUGUUUAUGUGGAAAGAAGUCGGCCGGUCAUAUGAAAGAAGAAAUGGAAUUUAAAGGAGGGACAGAAAUAGUGUAACCUUAUAAUUCCCAUUGUUAAUAUUAUUUUAAUUUUAAUUUUAAUUAUACUGUUAUUUUAUUGUUAUUAAAAUUAUACAUUUUUAGAUAACAUUUAAAUAGAUAGUUAUGUUGAGAAGAUAUUGGUUCCUACUAGGGGUUUGCAUCUCUCCUUUAUAGGACGAUCCGAUACGUAUCUAGAUAGGCCUACAUGUGCUACGAUACGAUUCAGGGACCAUACAUUUGAGUAUGGAACGAUUAGAUGCGAUUCGAUUUGGAUCUAACGAUCGCACUGGAUCUAACGAUCCAGUGCGAUUUGAUAAAUAUGAUUCAAUCUGAUAGAUAGUUAAAGGUUGGUUAUGGGAUUUGCGAAACGCCAGCAGAUUUUGCAAAUACACAACUCAAAUGUUCCUACCCCCUCUCCUCCAACGCUGACUCUGACUCCACCCAUUCCAUGUCAUGGACGCGCAAUCAUGCUCGAGUGAACACCGAUGCGCGAGAGAGAGCCAUUAGCUAGUUAGCUAGCUCCAGUAGCUACCGCAGGAUAACAACAAACAGAAGCUUGCUCUGGGUCACAAGCUUUGAGUAUGUGCACGAAGGGGUCACGCGCUUGGAUCGGGGGAGGGGGAGUGCAGUACGACCGUUUGAUUGACGUACUUACUGUCCAAUGCCACUCGGUGGGUCUGGAAAUCAUUGGCUGGAGUUUUUCGAGCCCUGCCCGUUCCACAGAUGAUUGGCUUGUUUAAUUUUCAUGUCAGUACUUCUAACUCAGUGGCUGUAAGUGGGUUAUGAUAAGGAUUUCAAGUAAUUUUGCAAAAAUGGCCAAAAAAGAGAAUUCCAUACCCAACCUUUAAGUUUCGUUUUACGGAUCCGUAUGGAAGCGGAAUGAAAUGAAUGGACAAUGCUAUCUUGAUAUCAGGCUAAAGCUUCACUCAACCGAUUCGCAAUGUUUAGAUCGUUGCAUCGGCAGAUUCUUGGUCAUUUUAAAUUCAUUCAGGGGCCCACGAUGAUGUAGUCGCAUCUGUUUUAAUCUGACCGGACACCGAUUCGUAUCGGUGAAUCGUUACAUCCCUAGUUCCUACCCACCAUUUUGUUUUAGGGGGAACAGUUAAGUGGUGUAAACAUUUCAUAAAUUAUAAGACUACAUAUCAAACAAUCAAUCUUUUUUUUUUUCCAGAAGCAAGCUGAGUACCUUGUGUCAUUCUGAGAAACAUCAGUUAGAGACGUAAUAUCUUAUGUUAUUUAUGUUUUGGAAUGCUCUCUGUGAGAUUUUUUUUAUGUUGGGCGUACUAAACGAUGACUACAAGACCGCCUCGCUGAACAUAGGUAUGCCGCAAAAAUAGAAAACUGAUUAUGCUAUGACAAGACACUUCAAAGGAGGCGAAUAAUGAUAACGGCAUACUGUUCACCGCCAUAGGGAUUGAUAAUGUGCCUCUUACCUCUAGGAAGGGUGAUAAACAAAAACAGUAAACCAAAAAGAAAGUCGCUGGAUCUAUAAAAUAGAUGCUAUGGCAUUCGCAGGAUUGAAUGAUUCUAUUGAAAUAGUGGUCUUCCUUUAGACUGAGCUGUUUGUGACUGUUUAAAUUAUUAUGAACGCUUCAUAUUAAGGUCCUUGUAUUAAGCCUUAGUUCAUAUGUAAUUAGACCUUAUUAUACGCUUGUGUUAAUAAGAAUAUCAAUAAGUGUUAAUAAUAAAAUAAUAAACAUGUCUAUCGUGAGAUUAUAAGACUUUUAUAAGCACUUAUAAGAAACUUGUUAACUAUUUAUUGAUUGCUACAUAACAUUAAUAAUGGUCUUGUAUAUAAUAAUGAGAUUCUUAUAGUUGUUAAUAAACGCAUUACAAACCCAUUUAUUGAGUCUUACUAACUUACCUAUUAUGUCAUUGUUAAAUCUUUACUUAGCAUUUGCUAUGCUUAAUCAUAAAUCCUUUAUUAAAUUGCUAAUCAUUCAUUUUGCAGGUACAGGAUCUAAAGCGGGAUCCAUGCUUAUUAAGGUUUAUAAAUCCUUUAUUAAACUGCUAAUUAUGCAUUUUGCAGGUACGGGAUCUAAAGUGGGAACAAUGCUUAUUAAGGUAAAUAAGUUCUUUAUAACUGUUAAAGGGACUCUCACCUUUGUUGCAUUUUUACACUUUUUUUGGAUAAGGUUAAAUUGGUAUUAAUAAGGUAAUAACACUCUAAUAUGCAAGACAGACCCACCAGGAGUAAAAACAAACAAUUAUUUUACUCUCAUAAUAUUUAGUGAAAACUUCAACCAAUACAAUUAUUCGGACCGAAUUACCUUAUUGGCCGACAGACCUGUCUGUUUGCUGCAUGGAUAUAUAAGGUUUUCCGUCUGCUUCUUGUGGCGCAUUCGGGCCCGCGUCAUCAAGGCGCGUCCUCAACUAGAGGGUUUGUUUUGAUUCCACGGCAGACAGUAGCGAGUAGCGACCGUAGCGACUGACGAUGGCAGACCAAAGUGGUCCACGGCGUACUGAAACUGCACCAUUCAGUCCGAUUAGGGGACUCAUCUCGGACUCAGACUCACAGAGUUACCCUCCUCUGGAGCCUCAGGAAGACCUCCAGACUGUUGGCCACCAACUGCAUCAUUCAGUCCGAUUAGGGGACUCAUCUCGGACUCGGACUCACAGAGUUACCCUCCUCUGGAGCCUCAGGAAGACCUCCAGACUGUUGGCCACCAACUGCACCAUUCAGUCCGACAAGGGGACCCGAUUCGGCCUCAGAAGCCAAGUGGUCCCGCUCCCCUGGAUGAUUCUCAGGACCUCCAGACCGUUGGCAACCAACCGCACCACUCAGUCCGAUUAGGGGACCCGUUUCGGACUCAGACGCGACGUUGUCCCGCUACUCUGGAGCUCCAGGAAGACCUCCAGACCGUUGGCAACCAACCGCCACACUC